AUGAGUGAAAUUCUCAGCGAGAAGACGUCUUCCGACAUCAGCAAUGCUGCCACCACUCAGUCAAACCAGCUCGAGGUCCAGCUAGCGGCUAUUCUGACGAAGCUGAGGACUGACGCCAGCACCAUCACGGCUGAGGAAGCCCGUGUUCUAUCUGAGAACGUCACUGCAAGUGAUGAGAGAGCGGGAUCUCAACAAGCUCAGGCUCCUCACCGUUCGCUGCUGACGGCUGCCAAGGACCUGCAUGCCGCCGUGGAUGGUAGCCCGGAGGAAGUCACACCAGAGGUCCUUCGUACUGCACAGAGCAUCGUUAGCAAAAUGCAAAAGGCCAUGGGCCAUACCAACGCUCCUCAACAAGAUCCUGAAGCCGAAUUCCAGGAGGAAAUCGCAAAGAUCGAACCCAAGAUUGCACAAGGCACGGUCACCAAGGCGGAAGCUGAUCAUCUUCAUUCUCUCGAAGCUCGUGCCCAUGGCCACACUGAGAAGGGCGGUAUCACAGCUGCAGCUCAGUCUGUUGUUGCUAAACGUGAGCGCAAGCUAUCACUGAGUAGCGGUUCUGGAACUGUGUCGUCUCAGAAGCGGAGCUCCAUGUCACCUCAACAGAAAUCUCGACAUGAUAGGGAAGAGAAUCUUCGCAAGGCAGAGGAUGACUUCAAGACCAAGGUAGAGGAAGGUGACGUGAACAAGGCCGAGGCCGAUCAUCUUCACUCCCUUGAAGACCGUGCUCACGGUCACACCAAGAAGGGCGGCAUGGCUGCCAGUGCUCAGUCGGUUUCUGCAAGGCGCAAUUCUAAUUCUGGACAUAGACGUCCUCGCACCAGCAGCCAUGGCGCCCUCUCUCCUCAAGAGCAGUCCCACCACGACAAGGAAGAGAAUCUACACCGAGCAGAAGUCGCAAUCAGACCCAAGAUUGAGGACGGCACGGUGACCGCGGAUGAAGCCAGCAAGCUUCACUCGUGCGAGAUGCGUGCUCAUGGACAUACCGAGAAGGGCGGAAUGAGCGCUAAGGCUCAGGCUGUUGUUGCCAAACGACGUUAUGAGACGCUCAGUGACGUCUCAAACGCCGCUCAUCAGCCAGACACAGACACCGGAUACGGCAAAGAGCUGCCCCAUCUCGAAAAGAAGCCCGAGAGGCCUGAAGAAAACUUGGACGACGUUCCAAAGACCGAUAACGAAGCCCAUUGA